AUGCUGAAACAAAUGUGCUCACUACUUAUACCCUGCUCCGAUGCUCUCUUGACAUCUGAAGGCGCACAGCUGAUUCAACUGCCUGCUCACUUGUCAAACCCGGCUCAAUCACAAGUCAUACAGCCCCAGAACCCACCUUACGCGUAUCCACCUCCCGGUAUCCUGUAUCCACAGUUUUCGCAAGGUGCUCAUAACCCUCACGAAACUCCGAACCCACACGGACCUCAGCACGCGUACCCUGUAAACCCAAGUCAUCCACUGUUUCCACAUUAUCAACAUCAACAACCUACAAACAAUAUUCCACAUCAACAACCUCCAAACUCGUAUCAACAACCUAAUCACCCUUACCAACACACUACAAGCCAUUAUCAGCAACCCCACCACCCGUAUCAACAACAUCACAACCCUUAUCAACAACCAUUUCAACAACCUUUCAAUCCGUAUCAACAACCACCUGGAAACAAUUUCAUUCAUUCUCAACCUUCUCAAAACCACUUUCUUCCUCCUCAACCACCUUCUCAACUAACGGCUCCACCACCUGGUCCUUUCCAACAUCCCCAUCAAUAUUCAAUGAACGGUGGGCCCUUCACCACCCCCAUGAAUCAUUCGACCAAUCAUGGAAUUAACGGUCCCCCUGAUACCCCCACCUCUUCUACUCCAGCUUCUAUGCCUCCACCUUCAAUGUCUACCAACACCUCAAUGGCUAUUAACUCGAGUUUACCUGGCCCUCUUACUCUUACUCAAGCUACUGCUCCAGCCAUUGAAGAACCCAAUGUCGAGCCGGACGGUCAGAAUAUUGCCGAGGCUGUUGAACUUAUUCAAAACGAACGCGACACAGAUUGGCCGCCAAUUGGUAACUUUGUAUUUCAUGCCCGAUUGGACACGUAA